AUGCAGCAAUGGCGCGUGCGACGUGUCUCAUUCCGCGUUGACUGGCUGCUCUGUGGCGUUGGCCUAAUGUCUGAAAGAAGAUCGGCUGCGUCUAGCAGGCUGUGGUGCGCGGGGCGGCAGUGCGCGGGUCAUGCAUUAUCGCAUUUUUCCACUGAGGGCGCAGCCAGUGAAGACACCAAUAGCAUUCGCCGCCACUGCCUCAACGGCAGCCAAACUGCCUCUGCUGUUGAUGUUAGCUUCUCUCCUAAGCGUGGGGAAAGUAAACGCUUGGCACCGCUUUUGAAACCCGAAGCAGCGGAGACACGUGCCUCCUCGAGUGCAUGGGAUUUGCAGCAGAUGCUUUUUGGCAUCAGGGAUUUUCACACAAGGGCUGUAACGUAUGUGGAGGCGGAGGAGCGAUUGCGCGGUAUGCGGCUGCUGGAUGAGUGUAUGAUCCAAAAACUGUUUUUAGAUAGCGGUUGGGUGCGUCAGCUGCAGGAUAGCGCUGAGACGGCACCACAGUACCGCGGUGUUGUGGGCGAAUACAAGAUCCUGCGGCACAUGCUGCAUGGCUUCCUUUCAGAUGAAACCAUGUGGCGGGACGAUCUACUCAAUUUGUUAGAGCUCCUCCUUGGCGCCGCAGUUCAGUCAGUGUGUCCUUUAUCCCAUAGAGACGCGUCUCAGCACACCGCGGUGCAACCUGGCCUCCUGCCAGGGGAUAACUCUGCUUGCGGUAAUAACAACGAUAACAAUAUGGACGCGCUCCCGCUGAACCUCCCAGCCUCUCUCUUCACAGGACCCGAAAAAAUGAACUUCUACUCAUACGGUCUGCAGCAUGUUUUAUGGGAUUUCCUGCACGUAAAGGCGUCUUCGCGCGGUAGCACCUCUGCACUCUGGCUCGCCUUUGUGGCCUCCCACCGCAACCUACUGUCGCUCCCGUCCCCGCAGCGUCCACCGUUCAGUCGAUACGAGUCCCAUUCUGGUCUGCUGGGGGUGGAGUUCGUCGAGGUGACGGACACCAAGCAACUCGGAAAAAGCAGGGAGAACCCGAUUACGUUGGCGGGUGAGGCUGCGCCUCACGCGUCUGAGGCGUGGAAGUUGCCGAACGACGGGCAGGCUGCGGCCUCUGGCGACGAGGAAGACGCCGAAACGACGACGGCCUUGAUGGUGGACAAUGAGCUCGGGAAGCCGUACCUGCGCGAUAGGUUUUACAUGAAUGUGGUGGAGCCGGGCGAGGUGUCAUUUCUCAUGAGCGAGACCACGCCGGGUGACGUUCUUUCCCGGGCCCACAAGGAGCACAAGGAAGAACGGGGUUCACACGCGUUGGCGGUCUCUUGGCGAGGGGAGCGCGAGCUGCUUAACCCUGUGAACGGGGAGUUGGAAGAUAUUCAUCUCACGCAUCUCUGGGGCGUCUUUCAGGCGAUGACGCUGGAGGACAGCAUCGACAUGUACCGUGCCGUAUAUCACGGAGAUCUGGAAAAGUUACAAGAGGAAGUCUUCAUGGACGUACUCGCAAGAACAGGGCUUUUGAUGCUUUUUUUUGCCCGUGACGAGGUAAGAGCACUGACCCCGCCACACAUGACAUUUCGCCGACUCAGCCGACUGUAUCAAGAGCUAACCGUACUGGUGUCAUGGGCCUCCACAAAUGACUACCGCCCGCUUCCACCACCCCCAUCGUUUGACCAGCUCACUCUCUCCGCCCAGCUCUCCUUCAGCUGCUUUGCUCAGCUGCAUGCACCCGUUCAACGAGAGUUGUACCGAUCUGCUACGACUAGUAUGUCUCCGGCACAGUUAUACUACUGCUACUGCAAGAGUCACCUGCGGUUUGCCGUGCAGCCAACAGCCUCUUUACAGGAUGACAAUAACGAAGAUGCGGAUAAAACCCUUUUGGGUGAGAGGUCUGUCGUGAUGGGCCAUCGUAAAUUUCCUACAUUUGAGUGUCUUAGCGAGCUUCAGCAGAUGGCGUUUCAGUAUCCCUUUCAGGAUGCGGUGCCGCAUUCCUCUCCACAAAAAAACAUAGAGAGAAAUUUAGCCAAGGAUGAACUAAUGGAUAACGCAGCAACCCACCAAAGCAAUACGACAGAGCUCAUUCCGCUUGAUGUGUCUGAGUCCGCUCCUGCAGUCAGGCGGUGUGGGCGGCCACGAAAGACGGCGCAGGCGGAGCCCGAUGUGUCUGAGGAGUCCGCUCCUGCAGUCAGGCGGUGUGGGCGGCCACGAAAGACGGCGCUUCCCAUGUGA